UUCCUGAACAGGACCAGCUCGGCCCCCAGCAUGGAGGGAUUCAGGCUGCUGAUGUUGAACCAGAUCCAUCCCUGAGGGGCGUCAGGAGGGCCUGGGGGAUCCAAGGAGUGAAAACAGGAACAGGUUUUUCCGCUCCGAUUACCGAUCCCACAGCAGCGACAAGAGGAGGAAGGCGUCCUCGGUCAGAUCUUCCUGCCUCUGUCCUCCCCCCCGUUGUCUCAUCUCUCGGGGUGGAGUUUGUUACCACGAAGCGAGCCAGAUUCUGUCAAUGAGGUAGUUGCUGCUGAAAGCAAGAAGACGGCGGACAGGUAAGGGAGAAGAAAGGGAAGAUGUUCAGCUUUUGUGCGAUCAUGUAAAACUUCAUCCACCUGCAGCUGAACCAUGAUGCUGAAGGAGAGCUUCAUCUGAAGAGGAAAGGCGUCCUUUGGUUGACUGAAGUGUGUUCCUGAAAGCUUUCCUGUGGAUCCGGACCCUCAGAGACCCGGCAGGACAUCGGCUUGCGACCGUCAGCGAUGGGUUCGUCGGGCCAAAGCUCGGCCUGGAAGCUGCUUCCAGUGAUCCUGCUGGGAAUGACCUGCUCCUCGCAAGGCUCCCUGGUGAAGGUCAACAAGGGUUUAAAGGUGAAACGGGGUCAGCAGGCCUUCCUCCAGGAGGGCGACCUGCAGUUCCAUAUCCCCCAACAGAAGGACGCAUGCAAGGUGGAGGUGGUGCUGAAUGAGCCCAUAACUCAACGGGUGGGAAAGCUUCUGCCUCAGGUAUUUGACUGCCAUUAUCUAACUGAUGAGGUGAAGUACGUCCACAAUGGCUGCCCGUUUUUAAAGGAGGACACCGUCAAGCUUCGUUUAUACAGGUUCACAGAGACGGAGACGUACAUGGAGAUGUUUUCUCUCCAUGUGGACAUUUUGGAACCUGAAUGCAACAUCAUUCAACUGGGGCCCAAGUCCUUAGAGGUCCCAGAAUUCUACGGCCUCUCCGACGCUGUUGACGGCAACGUGGUGUCCUUCCACUACGAGAGGAAGUCGAGUCUUGAGUGUAGCGUUCACCUCAGCAGCCAUAACUCCCACCUGCCGGCCCACGGACAACUGGUCACCGGAGAGCCAGAGAAAGCCACCAAGAGAGGGGACGAGCCGGAGAGCUUCAUUCAUCUCCGCCAGCAGCUAGAUAAUAAAGCCAGAGCCAUGUGUAAAUCAGAAGAUUGCCUGAAGGGUCUGAAGCUAGUAAAGUUCACCAAAAUCCCCUGCGAUGACUUCCUGGUGAUGGGUCUAAGGUAUCAGCAUAUAGACCCGCCGUCUCCAGACGUAGACUACAUUGCAAUUAGACUGGACCUCAAGGACACCAGGAGUGGCAGCAUUUAUAAGUCUGAACAGGUCUGGAUUCCAGUUCAGAUCGUCGGUGCGAUGCCCAACCAGCCUCCCAAACCAUCCUUCAUGUCCAUGUUUAUCCUGGAAGUAGACCAGUUCAUCCUCACCCCACUCUCCACCGCUACACUAGACGCUGAAGAUGAGGAAACUCCCAAACAGCUUUUGGUUUUCAACAUCACCAAACCCCCUGCCGACGGCUUCAUCACCCAUCUGUCCGAUCACACUCGUCCCGUCUUCUCUUUUACCUGGCUUGAUCUCAAUGACAUGCUCAUUGGGUACCAACCUCCGAACUCCUCGCAUACCCAACGUAGGAAUUAUGAGGUGGAAUUUGAAGUUCAUGACUUUUUCUUUGAGAAGAGUCCAUCAAUAACUGUUCACAUGUCUGUAAGGACUGCAGACACGAAUGCCCCCAGAGUGUCCUGGAACAUGGGUCUCAGCCUGUUAGAGGGUCAAUCUCGUCCAAUAACGUGGGAUCAGCUCCAGAUUGUGGAUAACGACAACCUGAACACUGUUCGCCUCAUCACUGUGGACGGCCUGCAGCAUGGACGACUCACUGUCAGAGGUGGAAAAGGCUUCAUGUUCACCGUCAGUGACAUCAAAGCCGGUGUAGUUCGCUAUCACCAUGACGACAGUGACUCCACCAAGGAUUUCAUCAUCUUCCGCAUCACAGACGGCCCUCAUCAAACCCGACACAAGUUCCCCAUCAAGAUCCUCCCUAAAGAUGACAGCCCUCCUUUCCUCAUCACCAACAUGCUGCUGGAGGUGGCUGAAGGCCAGACGGCUCUGCUCAGAGGCUCCACCCUCCAGGCUUCAGACAUGGACUCCAGCGACGACUACAUCCUCUAUAACAUCACACGCCCCCCACAGGCUGGAGAAGUCAUGAAAAUCCCAGGACCAGGGCUCACAGGAUAUCCUGUCAGCCACUUUCUGCAGAAGGACCUGUCUCAGUCCCGGGUUUACUAUCGACACCUUGGGAACGAAGUGUUCGAUGACUCUUUUGAGGUGGUGCUGUCUGAUUUCCAUGAACCUCCAAACCUGUCAGAACCUCAAGUGGUGGUUGUCCACAUAGAGCCUGUUCCAGACCAACCACCUAAAGAAGUUCCUGGUUCCAGUCGGUGCCUCGUGAUCAAAGAAACGGAAGUGAUCCAUAUAACACGGCAGCAGCUUCACUUUGUAGACCAAGAAUCACCGGACAGUGAGCUGACAUACACCGUUACGACUCCGCCUUUCUACACUGGUCCUCACAGCAGCAGUCCAGAUGCAGGGAGGUUGUUCCUGGUUGACAGCAUUCCUAAAUUCACCAAAGACUCCAACGCACCAAUGCUGAGGCUCUUCACACAACAUGCAGUGAACUUCAUGAAAGUAGCCUACAUGCCUCCAAUCAUGGAUAUUGGUCCGUACCCCCAGUAUAUCCAGUUUGUUCUGUCUGUAACCAACCACCUGGGGAAAACAGUCACCGGGAUCUGCUUCAAUGUCACCGUGAUGCCAGUGGACAACCAGCCUCCGCAGGUUAUCACCAACCCUCUGACUGUAGAUGAGGGAGGAGAGUGCUGGCUCGGCCCCGAACACCUGCUGCUGUCGGAUGUGGACUCUGUGGAAGACAUUCUGAAGGUGGAGCUUCAGAAGGAACCACAUCAUGGAACACUGCAACUAGGAGGCCUCCCGCUAAAACCAGGCCAGACCUUCACUCUGCAAGACCUGAAAAGCCUUAAAGUUCGAUAUUAUCACGACAGCUCAGAAACUACGGAUGACAACAUUGAGUUUACUGCAACAGACAACAUCAAUGCUAUCAGUUUUAUCCUGCAAGUGAAGGUAAACCCCAUUAAUGAUGAAGUUCCAGUGGUGGCUGCUGGUUUGAAUCCAGUUCUCAAUUGUGCAGAGGGACAGGAAAUAGUCAUCACAGCAGAGUACAUUUACGCCACCGAUGCUGACAGCGACAACAACAGUCUGGCCUUCCUCAUCGCCCGGCAGCCGUAUCAUGGCGUAGUGCUUCGAAGUGGUGUCGUGAUCGAUCGCUUCAUCCAAGCAGACGUCACCGCGGGGAUCAUCACCUACAAACACACAGGACUGGAGAUUGGACUCACUCCUCGCCAUGACACCAUCACCUUCGUCAUUUCUGAUGGAGAGUCGGAGGCCUCAGCUUUAUGCUGCAAAGGAUGGAAUCCCAUCAGGACCAGAGGCACAGCUCAGCUACGAGACAGCCUUCCUGUUUACGACCUCCAGAUCACAGUGUUUCCUGUCGACAGCCAACCACCGUCUCUGUCAACAGGAGACAUCUUUAUGGUGGACGAAGGUGGAACCGCCCCAAUUACUGCAUCUCAUUUAAAAGCCUCUGACAUGGACACGGUCGUGGAUGACCUGGUGGUCAGUUUGAUUUCGCCGCCACAUUUUGGAUAUAUUGAAAAUGUCCUUCCUAGUCCUGGUUUUGAGAAAAGCAACACAGGCAUAAGCAUAGCUUCUUUUUCAUACAAAGACAUCAUGAAGGGUCACAUUAACUACGUACAGUCCAGACACCAGAGGAUGGAGCCCACAGCCGAUCAGUUCAUGCUCUGCGUGUCAGACGGCAAACGAAGCUCUGCCAACGUCCCAUUUUACAUCAUUAUUAACCCGACAAAUGACGAGAUCCCAGUGUUUGUGGCUCGCAACAUCACAGUACAAGAAGGAGAAAUGAAGCAGCUGGACUCAUCAGUGUUGCAUGCGAUGGAUCUGGACGUCCCCAGGAACGUCCUCGUUUUCAACAUCAUGAAACCUCCUCGGCAUGGCAGCAUCAUCGACCACACUGAUGGAAAACCAAUCAGCAAGAGGCGAGAUGCAAAUCCUCCAACCCCUGUGGUCGACUUUACCAUGACCGACCUUAUAAAUGGCAUGGAGGUGAUGUACAUGCACGAUGACUCUGAGAACAUGGAGGACAGUUUUACCAUCCGGCUGACCGACGGCAGGCACCAGCUGCACAGACAGGUGAUGGUUAAAGUGCAGCCAGUGAAUGACGAAGAGCCUCAAGUCAUCAGGAACAACGGACUGGAGGUGGAGCCAGGAGAAGCCAGACUUAUAUCCAGCGUCACGUUGUUUGCAGUGGACAUUGACAACCCUGCUUCAGAAGUCUUGUACAUAUUCGACAGUGUUCCAACCCAAGGAGUCCUUCAGCUUAAGGAAAGUCAGACCUGGGUGACGCUGUCGGCGGGGAGAAACUGCACCCAGGAAAUGGUGGACAUGAACCUUCUGCGCUACGUACACACAGGCGUGGGCGAUGCUAAAACACAGGACUUCUUUGUGUUCCACUUGCUGGAUGGAAAGAAUCAAUCCCCGCCACAGCACUUCCAGAUCUCUGUGAAGGAUCUAGAAAAAGGAAACAUCGCCAUCAUUGUGAAGCCGGUGAGCGUCAGCCGAGGCGAUCGCUUAGUUCUCACCACAGAUGUGCUGCUGGCAACAGAUGGAACAGACAAACCAGAGGAGCUUCUGUAUGUCAUCACCAACCCACCUGCUCACGGACACGUAGAGUACGUCAAACAUCCCAGUCUGGUCAUCUCCACCUUCAGCCAGAUGGACGUAGCGGCCAACCUCGUGGCAUACGUCCACGACAACCGAGCCAGCACGCCCAAAGAGACCUUUCAGUUUGUUGUGAGUAAUGGUAAAACCAGCCGGAAUGGAAGCUUUGAGAUUGGGGUGGAAAUGGUGGAUUGCGUCCUGCCGUCUCUGACCUCCAACAAAGGCCUCACAGUUCCCCAAGGUUCCUCCAUGAUCCUGGGUCCUGACUCCCUGUCCAUGUCUGACCCUGACACUCCACCCAAAGACCUGACUUUUGUCCUCCUGCAGUCUCCACAGUAUGGCAAGCUGGUUUUAGCUGGUACCACACUGACCACCGGUUCAAACUUCACCCAGACAGACGUUCAGCAGUUAGAGGUGGCAUAUAAACAUGACGGGGGGCCGUCGCAGAUCGACCGAUUCGCCUUCACUGCUUCUGACAGCACCAACCGAGGUUUCCUGUUGGACGGGCGGCUACAUACAGAACCUGUGUUCUUCACCAUUCAGAUCAAGCCUUUGGAUAAGUCGUCUCCUGAGGUUGUGAAGCUGGUCCCACUUUGGAAAGCAGAACUUUUAGCAGACGGUCGAUACGGCAUCUUCCUGUCAUCUCGAGACCUGAAGGCUCAAGACAGCGACAGCAGAGAAGACGAGCUCAUGUUCUUCAUCACUCGUCCGCCCUAUUUUGGUUACCUGGAAAACAUUACCACAGGUGGUUUUGUGCCGCAGCGCUUCUCCCAGUCGGAGCUGAACAGAAGAACUAUUGUUUACAUCGUCAAUCCAGACAGGGAGUCUCUCUCAGACAGCCUGGAGUUCACAGUGUCUGAUCCUCUGGGUAACACUGGGCCUCCUCACAUACUUGAGUUCAGGUGGUCCAGUGUGGAGCUUUCUCAGGCGGAGUCCUCUGCAUGUGAGCAGCAGGGAAGCAUCUCACUGGACAUCAUACGGAAGGGGAACCUGGCGGAAUCGUCGUAUAUAACCGUCAAGGUAAAGGAGGGGACUGCAACCGCUGGAAAAGAUUUCCUCUUAAACCCUUCUUCCCUGAUUCAGUUUGAUCCAGGAGUGUCAAAGCGGAUCUGGCAAACUGAGAUCAUCCAGGAUCACCUCGAGGAGGCCGAGGAGACGUUUGAAGUGCUGCUGGUUUCCCCUGAAAACACAGUGAUUGGAAUCAUCAACAACGCCCAACUCACUAUCAGGGACUCAGGAAGAGGGCAGUGCCAGCUAAACCAGGAUCGGGAUGCUCCUGUUCUUGGAGGGAAGGAGAUCCGGUUAGAUACGUAUCCCCAACAUGGAUCCAUCCAGCUGGAGAAACUUCCUCUUGGGACAGAAUCAGUCAUCUGGAGCCGUGGAGACAGCAUCCCUAAACCAGGAGGGAGUAUCCCAAAAAAGAAAAUCAGAGUGUCGGGCAAUCCAAAAUCAGUUGCUCCUUCAUCAGUUUUCCACAACGGAACAGACAUAGUUUACACAUAUCACGGCAUCAUGCAAAUGCAAGUGGAAGACGACACCUCGACAUCCAGGAGGGGCAGGAAGGCGAACAUCCAGGUGGUCAGCAGGCGGAUGCAGCAUCAGCAGGCGGCAGCGGCGAUCACGAAGCUAAAGUCGGAUCCUCAAAGAAAGACCUCAAAAGCUCAGAAAACGGGACUGGAUGAAGGACACACUAAAGCUAACAGCCCCGUCCACAAACCCUGUGUACCAGAACUGAUGGGUCUCCUGCAUUUCAACCAAACCACCAAUCAGCUUUUUCACUGCAACGGCGUCUCCUGGAAGCCCUGGGCACCGACUGAUCGGAUGGUGAGCGCUCAGAUGUGUCCUCAGGGCUGGACUUUCCAUGGCGGUCGAUGCUACAUCCUCAGUACUGAACAUAAAGCUUCAUGGAGCGCAGCUAACAGGGCCUGCAAGGAAAGAUAUAAAGGCACUCUGGCCAGCGUUCUCUCUAAAGUGGACAUGGACUGGCUGUGGGACUUCAGUGAAAGAAAACCAUUCUGGAUAGGCCUGAACGACAGGGAGGGUCGAGGUCAGUGGGAGUGGACGGGAGGCGAGCCGGUCGUCUUCACCAACUGGAGGAAGACGGCUCCACGGUCCAAAACGAAGGGCGGCAGGAAGUGCGUCCUGGUGUGGAGACGAGCAAAGUGGCACAUCAGGGACUGCAAGACUAGCAGAGGCCAUGGCUUUGUGUGUUCAGCAAAAACCUGAAUUCCUCUGUGUUGUUUCAGACCAGGAAGGACUGAUCUUUGGGACGCUUUCACUGCAGCAACACACCACUUUCUGGGAAAUGUUUCUGGGAUUCAUAAUGAAAUGUGUGAGAGUUGCGAUGCUCAGCGACCUCAGUGACCUCGUUUACACUGCAUUUAUUCUAAUUAACCAGUAUUGUUACAUAUGUAAAGCUCUUUUUUUUUUUUAUUUAGUGUCUUUCAGAAUAACAGGUGUUUCCAAAUGUGUGAGGCUCGUUAUUUUAACUUAUAUUGUGCUAAUAUUGUACAUAUUCUUAAAUUAAUUUCUGUUUAAUCAAGUUAACCACAUCCCAACUGUGUCAAAAUAUAAUGAAAACCUCUAGUUGUACUCAAAUUAUUGGACAUUUGGAGGCAGAAAGGGAAGAUGCACAAUGUACAGCGGGGGUUAGCAGCCAAUUUUUGGUUCCUUUAAGCGGCCAAUCCGACCACGGACUGAAUUUAAUUCCACUUUCUUUUCACUUUUUCUACAAAUCCUUGCCUUUGUAAAGAGUAAAAGUAGGCUUUAUCUCUUUAAUUCCAUUCAUGUAAGUGUUUUUUUUUUUUGGUCAUGUAAACAGAAAAUGCUUCAAACUAAAGUGGAAAUCGUGAAAUAAAAGUUGUAAAUUAA